CCUUGGCCAAAAUCAAUAUGGCGACUUACAUACGCUCGUCGAAUUUGGUCAGAUCGGCAACGAAAACGUGUUUUUUACAAGCUUUAUUGCGACGUCGUCACACAAUUCCUAUGUUGACUGCAUUACCUUCACAGCAGGCAAGAUCAUUGUGUAGAUCGAUUGACUGGAAGUAUCCACAAAAUGACAGACAAAAACUGCAACAGACUGAGGCCAUUAACUGUGAAGAGGAUCCAUACAAAGUAGAAGCAGAAAAAUGCAUUUUAUGCAAGUAUCAAGUCCCAGUGUCAUAUAAGAAUGUCCAGCUACUCUCUCAGUUUGUAUCACCUAAUACGGGUCGUAUCUUUGGUCGUCACAUCACUAAACUGUGUGAAGCACAGCAUCACAGGGUUACCAAAGCUAUAAAGAGGGCCAUACAAAUGGGUUUUAUGCCAAACCAGUACAGGUCGACACAGUUCCUGAAGGAUCCAAGCCUCUAUGAUGUCAGGUACACCGGUAGCAAUGUGAUUGGACAGUAUUCCAAGCUACCUGAUAGCAACAUCAGUGAAGAGGAGCUGCUGGAAGCACAGCAGCGGCGCUCUGAUGAAGAUGAAAAGACAACAAAGAGUUGAUGAACUGUGUGUUUAUAUAGAAAGACUUUUGAUAUGAAGCAGUGAUGUUUUGAUUUACGAUUGACUGGGAGUGCCAGCAAGGACAGUAUUCUCUAUUUGAUUGUAAUAUUAACCUUCAACAACUGUAACCACAGUGAUUUGCUAAGCACUGCAUCUUUUGAGGUUUCCCCUGUUGUCUACAAUUCCUUACCUGAGAAUGAUGUUUAAGUAAAGGGAAAUUUAUCUCCUACUUUCUCAGUUGAAUUUAUGAUCAUGGUGAUUAGGAAACUUGAUUAUUACAAAUACAUGUACAGUGAAACCUGUCUAUAAGCAACUACCAAAGGGUAACAUGAAAUUUGGCCUUCAUUGACAGGUGGAUGCUAUAGACAGGUUCUU